UGUUUUUGGAACUUGCAACUUCAUGUCUAUGGCGUGAGAUAGAGUCGAGAAUGUUAAAGGCGCCAAUCAAACAAACGGCCGGGGACACGAUUGCCACUCUGUCCUCGCGCCUGUCAUCGGCCACUCUUCUCGAAGACAGGAGAGCAGCUAUCCUCGGCCUCCGCUCUUUCGCGAAACAGUAUCCCGCUUCAGUCGCCAGCGGUUCCCUUCGCGAUCUGAUCGCCGUCUUGCGCACCGAUGGUCUUGGUUUGACAAAGGAUGGAGAGGGUGAUGUUGAUACAGUACGGCUGGUGCUCGAGACACUGCUCAUGUUGUUCGAGCCAGACCGAGAGAGUGCCGAGGCCAGCGAGGACAUAGCCCUGUGGUUGGCCGAUGAGUUUAGUCAGCGUCAAGACAACAUCACCAUUCUGCUAGACCUCCUCGAUCAGCCCGACUACUACGCCCGUAUAUACUCGAUCCAGCUACUUACAGCUGUCUCCGCCGCCAGACCCGAGAGAACCCAGGAAUGCAUUCUGCAAGCACCUCUUGGAACAGCCCGACUGGUUGGCGUACUGGAUGAUGGAAGAGACGCUGUGCGCAAUGCUGCCCUGCUACUUCUGGUUGAUCUGACCAACGUGUCGCAAACUGAAUUGCAGAAGCUCAUUGCUUUUGAGGAUGCUUUCCAACGCACCUUCAACCUCAUCCAGUCCGAGGGAGGUCUGUCAGAAGGAGGCAUAGUAGCCCAAGACUGUCUCUCCUUGCUGGCCAACCUCAUUCGACACAGCCAUUCCAACCAGGCUCUUUUCCGUGAAUCCGGCUGUAUUCCCCGUUUGAUCGACUUGAUCAAGCAGGCUUCAACUCCGCCUGACGAUGAGAAUGACUUCAGUCGCAGCGAUCGCGAGAAGAAUGCUUGGGGUCUACUCGCUGUCUUGCGCCUAUUCCUGGAACGAGGCGAAUUGGGCACCAAGCAGAAUCAAGAUGUCUUCUGGCGCAGCGGUGUCCUACAUCUCGUCUUGACUCUUGCUUUCGACGAGAGGGCCGCUCCGCAUAUCCGUAUGAAUGCUUUGAAGACCUGUGCCGACGCUAUCAUCUUCAAUGCCCCGCUACAAGAAGCCUUUGCUUCCUUCCAAGUGCCCGUCACUUCCGAAACUCCUGCACCAGUCAACGGCGUUGCAGGCAAAUCUCAACAAAAGACCAUGUAUGUGAUCGAGGCUUUGCUGAAUCUUGUACUCUCUGCUUCAUCGGCCCGCACUCUGGAUCUGAGAUCUGCCGGUUGUUCUCUUAUCAAGGCUUACUUCCAUGGCCACGAUCGCAUAAAGCUCCACUUCCUUCAAAGAGCUAUUGCAGGAUAUACUGAGGGUGAAGAAGAAGAUAUCAACAUUUUGAGCACUCUCCUGAAUGGUCCUCAACUCGGCCCUGCCACCCCUGACCCACCCCGCUUUGCUUUUGCCAGCGACAUCACAUGCCAGCUCUUGUUCAAUCUGCAAGACGCAAAAGCGAUGUUGAUGGGUGUAUCCGAAGGCGAUGCUGAGAAGGGUGAGGACGUCAUCACAGCUAUCCAGACGCUUUCCGGCCACCUCCUUUCUUCUUUGCAAAAUGACUUCGACCCUCAGAUCUCCAUUUCAUACUUGAGUCUGCUCAUCACCUUCCUAUUCGAUGAACCAGCCGCUGUUAAUGAUUGUCUGGCCGAAGGCUCUUCUCUCAUGGGCGUGUUGAUUGACAAUGCUCUUCUUGCUGCCAAUUCUCAAGUCGCUGCAGACCCGAUCAAAUCUCUACUCCCUGGUCUUUGCGCUAUUUUGCUUGGAACAAUCUAUGAAUUCAGUACCAAGGACAGCCCUAUUCCUCGACGGACACUUCAUCCUCUCUUAACAUCCAAACUUGGCCGCCAAAAGUACUUUGAUGCACUGAUGCAAUUCCGUCAGAACCCAAUCAUCCGCGAUUCAGAGUUCCUCGCACCAGAGAUUGAGGGUGCUGCCAUCUUGUUUGAUGAUGAAUUUGUAGACUGGUUCAAAGACGAGUAUGGUCGUCUGAAGCGAGUCAUUGAUCGCGAACCUGGUAUCGAGGUAGUUCGCCCUUCAGACGUUGGUGUAGAUCGCGAUGUCCUGGACGAUUUGCGAGAGAAGAUCAAGACUCGCGACGACAAGCUACAACAGAUCGAGCAAGACGAUCUAGCCGCCAAACAAAAGGCCGACCAAGCCGAAGCCGAGUACCGUCAUCAACUCCAAAGUUUGCAGUCUUCACAACGAUCAAUGGAGGCCGAGGUCGAGCGCGUCAAACGUAUCAACGAAGCCCUUCAACGCGAUCAUGAUCUUGAGUUGCAACGAGUAUCAGGCGAAUUACGCAGUCAACUCGCUCAAUUCCAACUAGAAAGCAGGAAUAACCUCCAGACUCUCCGCGAUCAACACAAGCAAGAAUUGGAGCGCAUGAAGGGUCAACACGGCGCAACUCUAGCAAGCGAGCGAUCCCUGUGGGACGACAAGGCACGCAAAGCCGCUGAACACGCUGCUCGUGAACAACGAACUGCCGUCGACAAAGCCACGGAAGAACACCGCAAGGCGACGGAGCAGACCGCAGAAGAACACCGCAUCCGCACUGAUAAAAUCACUUCUGAGCACCGCAAAGCCCUCGAGGAACUCAAUACUUCCAUCCAGACCAAGGACAAGACGAUCAAAGAGCAUGAAACCGCAAUUGCAGAUCACGCCCGCAGCGAAAAGAUUCUCAAGCAAGACCAUGCCGCCACUUCCUCCACACUCGAAAAACUUCGCACCGACUUUGACGCAAGCAAAGCAGAAAAGGCCAAGUUGGAAAAGGAGCUCGAGACCACAAAGACAUUGCAAAAGGAUCUGCAACAAGUAAACACAAAAGCCAUGGCGAGAGUCAAGACCUUGGAAGAAGAAGCAAAAUCUCAGGCCACAAAGGUCCAAACGCUUACCCAAGAGCGCGAUACCGCAAAGUCAGAACUCGAUACCAAGCAGCAGAAGAUCUCGGAACUGGAACAGGAAAUCUCAGGCUUGAAACUCGAACUCGAGGGUGAAAGAAAAGGAUACAAUGAUUUGGAAACCGAAAUCAACGAACUCAAAGCUACAAACAGCAAAUUGGAAUCUGCAAAUAAGGAACUCGAAAAGCAGGUCUCGGAAGCCAAGUCCGCACCUGCCACUCCCGACCACAGCGACAAAGUCAAAGCAUUGGAAAAAGAGUUGGCGGAACAGAAAAAGCAGUUGGCAGAAACCACCAAAAAGCUUACUGCCGCCACCACUUCCAACAAUAAGUCCAGAAAAUCUGAUAACGACGACAAGACCAAGACUUUGCAGAAAGACUUGGAAGCAAAGACCAAGGAGGUUGAAAAGGAGAAGGAGGAAGCUACAAAGGCUAGAACAGAGCUUGAGGAUAUGUUGAUGGUAUUGGCGGAUCUGGAAGACAAAGCCAAGGGGUAUAGGGAGAGAUUGAGGAAAGCUGGAGAGGAAGUGAGUGAUGAGGAAGACGAGGACGAUGAUGAUGAUGAGGACGAGGACGAAGAUGAAGAAGAAUGAAGGAUCGAAAGGCCGCAGGAUCAGGAUAGCGAGUAAGGUAGUCCAGUUUUUCCUCCAACGCUCCUUCCUUUUUGUGUUCACGAUGGUCAGGUUCUUCAUGUUUGAAGGGUGUGAAAUGAUUGGUCUCAACAGAACUCGGCGGGAUCCGUAAAAGUACCCCCAUGCCACUGGUGCCUUGUUGCUGGGUUCGUCAUUACCUCCCAGGCAUCUACUUAUGUGCCAUGAGCGCCCCCUUGUCUUCCGAAUAUCGAGUCCUCCUUCCCCAACGUUACAGAAAGUUCAAUAUAUCGUCAGAUACCCCCG